GGGUUCCGUUGAAAACGCUCUAACCAUUAAAGCACCACCCAGUCUAUAAAUCAUUGGUUAGUUCUAAGUCCCGCCACAGUCUUUGAUUGGCUGUUAGAGGUUAUGUUGUUUUCCGGGGGGCGUGGAAUCCCAAAUUAUCAUCAUAUGAAUGUCGAGUUUCCUACAAAGGAUGCAAAGGACUUUUAAAGUGUCCCCUAGAUAGUGAACUAGGGUAGUGGAUAAGAAAUUAUUUGGAAUUCGAAACGCAGUUCAGGAAGUAAUUAAAAUUACAUUGAAGGAUUUAAUACAGUUCAGGUAUAUGUGUUUACAGUAGCAUGCUGCUAUGAAAUGUUUAUUUGCAAUGCUUUUGCAAUGCAUCUAGUUUUUUUUCCAAGAAGAAGAAGAUUGUUAUAUGGAUACAUCCAGAGGGAAAUGCACAACAGUGGAAUCAUGAACUCAUGGUCUGUUGUUGCACUUUUGCUGUGUUUUGGAUGCGAACAAUGCGCUUAUGGAAAUCCUGCUAAGCUCCUGCAGCUCACUGCUGAGGGCUUUAAAGAGCACGUGCACACCGGAAACACGUGUCUCGUUUACUUUGGUAAAUACGCCGAUCCACUUGUUCAGAAGUUCGUAGAGCAGUUGGAGAUGUCCGCUGUGGCUUUGGAGGACUACGGAAUAUCGGUGGUGUUGGUGAACUGCUCUGAAGAAAAUGUCGUCCAUUACUGCACAGAGAAAGAAGUGAUGCGGAAAGCCUAUUUAUUCAGAGGUGCUGAUGUCUUGAGAAGUUUUGAGAUGGACACCAUUUUUGACGUCAACGCCAUUGUGUCCCACAUGCUAUUCACGCUGCUGUUCAAUGAGGUCCGUUACAUUCACACCCCGGCCGAGCUGGUCGGCGUCGAAAGACUGGCGAAGGGAAAGACGGAUCUCGUCAUGGGUCACGUACCUGCGCUUGGGCUUCCAGAGCACCGGGCGUUAAUGGAGGCGGCGUUUGUUUACGGAGGGAAGUAUCAGUUUGUGCAGACUACCGGAGCUCCUCUGCUCAAACAUAUGGGGGUUGCUGAUGCGUCCCCCGCCCAGGCGCGUCUCUGGUUCCUCCACUGCAACGGCGUGUCUCGUCCGUCUGAACCGUGUCCACACACACUCAUGAAAAAGCCACUGAGCACAAUUAACAUACACACCUUUCUUCAGCUGAUGGAGGCACCAGUCCUGGUCGAGGCAGAAGUGGAUCCCGAUGAAGUGGAUGUGAUCUACAAUCAUCUCAACGCACCUGUGCUGUUCUUGUUCGCUCGGACCGAGACGCUGCACAUGGAUCGGAGCACUGCUGAGACUUUGGCCUGGAGGUUUCGAGGGGAACUCGGCCUCGUUCUAAUUCACAGGGACAGUCCCAGAGUAAAAACUCCACCCAGCUAUAACACAGCAUACCGUCUUCCACACAAGGAAGUGAAGUAUUUCACCUUGAAGAACAUCGAAGAAGUUGUUAGCCUUAUUCGAGGACACCCAUUUCAAGAAGAUGAGGAGGAAGAGGAGGAUGAAGAUCAGUGGACUUCUUUAGAUGUUUUGGAUGAUGAGGUUGCGGAGUCGGUGUAUAGAGACCGUGGCGUAAUGCUGGACACCGAGUCGGUUUUGGAGCUCACAGCCAACACAUUCAGCACCGCAGUAACCCAGAACGGCCUCACGGUGGUGCUCUUUUAUGUCAAAUGGGAUACCGUGUCCAUGGCUUUUCUGCAGCAGUACGUCGAGGUUGCUGAUGCACUUGAAGAUGUGAGUGAUAUCACCCUGGCUUCAGUAGACUGCGGCGAGUGGACAUGUGUGUGCCAUGAUCAGAAUGUCUCCUCUUUCCCCUUGGUCCUACUGUUCCGUCUGGGUGUGGACACUCAGUCUUACAGAGGCAUGCUGGGAACUGAAAGUCUGUAUAGAUUCAUCUUGCUGAGUCAUUUGUCCAUCCCUUUCUCUCUGUCGUCCUCGGAUGAAGUCUUGUCAUUCCUGGAAGGAGAUCUGUAUAGCAGACACUCUUCUCUCUCACCCGUCCGAGUGCUCGGCCUUUUUACACCUGAAGAUCCGGAUGUGGCCAUGUUUGAAGAAGCAGCGAAAUUUCUAAGAGGAGAAAUGAUCCUGGGGCUGUUUAAGCACAAGGAGGCAGAAAGAUGGGUUCAUGAGCACUCUGUGAUGCUACCGGCUGUCCUGGUGUCUCAUGGCCCGGAAGUCCCGAGAAAAUCACAUUCCCUUCAUUUGUCCACAUUACAGGAGAUAAUCUCAGACAUCAGGAGAGCCACACUGGAUACAUUUCAUUUUCUGGAGGGUUGUCCUGUUCUUUGUAUUGUCUCAGUAGUGCCCCCUGCCAUCUUGCUGAUGCCUGAACUAACAGUGGAGAACCUGCCAUGGUACCUGGAGCUCAAGAAGCCUUUGCUGAUCAUGUUUGUCGGUGGAGAAGAAAGUCCAGAGAAUUUGCGAUCUCUCGAGGAGAUGAGAAAAGCCGAAAGAACGGGACGGCUGGGCUCCUGGCUGCCAUGCUGGAUCCAUCUGGGUCGAACACCUGCAGGAAGGACCGUCCUUGAGACUUAUCUUAGCUACAUUCCUCCACUUCCUGCUCUGGUGCUCUCACAGCUUAGCUCAGUUGGGCACGUGUAUCACUUCCCCACAGAGCGCCCUCUGCUGUCUGAUAACAUCAUACAGUGGCUUCAGCAGAUAGACAACAACCAGGAGCAGCCUGCAGGUGUGAUUCCAGACCAAUCAUGGCGUCCCCCUGUGCCUUUUUACGACUUUCUGGCAGUUAUGGACGAAGAAGUGCCGGGUUAUGCGGCUCAGCAGCGGCCUAAAGAGAAACCCGUGGGCAGGAAGGAGGUGGAUGACGAGCAGAAAAGGCGCGCUGGAAAAGAAAUGACUUUCAAACCUCAAACGACUUCUUAUCACACUGAACUGUAAACUUUCAUACUUUCAAAUCAGCCGACUUACAAUUAUUUCCUCGUUUCGGUUCCCUCAUAGGUCAAAUCAAUUUCUCUUUCUCUUUUCAGAUUUCAUAUAUAUAUAUAUAUAUAUAUAUAUAUAUAUAUA